AUGGGUUGUCAGACUGCAACAAUCAAACAUGUUUUGUGUGCGCAGUCACAGUCUCAGCGCUGUUAUCCUCUAGCACCGUAUGUCACUUUCCCAAAAGAUGGAUGGUCAUCAGGCAAAGGUGGUCUUCUGCUAGAUACACAUAUCCUUCCUGACAAACUGCAACGUUGUUCUGACGACAGGAGCUGGUUCUGGUGGAGUGAUGCUCAGUUCCUUCCCUUUAAUGAUGCUUGUUUGUUCACCACCACCUCAGUCUACCAGCCUCGUUUGUAUCGGCACUGGUUGCCAGUGUCCAGCAUACCCAGCGGAAGAGUCCUUAUGUAUGAUUUGUUAUCUUCAGGUCAGAUGCAAUGCAGCAUCUUUAGCCGCACAAGCUGUUCAGUAUUUCCAAAUGUAAACCCACACCCCCUAGGCAAAAUGGUUGCCUACUGCGGCACUGGAGAGGUGGUUGUCAUGUCUACAAGUGGUGACCCAGUUUAUUCUCGGAGUCGAGAUAUUUGCAACGCCGUACACGUCCACUGUGCCAUCGCCAACAAUGGAGUUAGCUUUGCCUGUUUGAAAAGAGGAAUGGGAACAUUUUUUCUGGAAAGUUAUUCUCUAGAUUCAAUAAUGUUUUGUGAUGACUCAAUCCGAUGCCACACGGUUUGUCCAGGAUUUGUUCCCUCCAACAACGAACCCAACAUUGUUGUGUGUAAAUUUUCUCCAGACAGCACGUUGCUUGCGGGCAGUUCCAACAAGGGAUACCUGUUUGUUGUCAAGAGAUACCAGCUCCAGAAAUUGUCUGUUGUCUGCCCAGACAUGACCUCCAGACAGUUGUCCACAGCGCAAGCAUUUGAUUUUUGUCCCUGUUCACCGUUUCAGAUAAUCACGCUGGGCACUUCUGACCGACAAAUCCUCACAGUCAACAUUGACACUGGCCAGGUUGUCGUCUCCACAGAAACUGAACAAAACAUAGAUUGUGUAACCUUCACUCCAGAUGGUUUGUUUUUAGCAGUUGGUUUCCACAACUUUGACAUUGAUAUCUAUGACAGUUUUAGCCUCGUUUGUGUCCACAACAUUCAAAUGUCUGCCUUGUGCCAGGAUCAACUCCCAAGAGUUCAAGCACUUGCCCCCACAGUUCUGCAUCUUAGUUUCACACAGAAUGGAGAACACCUGGCAAGUACUUCAUGCGAUGGCCACCUCCGACUGUGGCGGAUUCGAAGGAUGUUCUCUUUACAAGAAAUUUGUCGAGAUAAAAUUCUCACAUGCAUAGCUAUACAUCGCAUUGAGGAACUAACAAAUGUGCCACAAAAAGUUAAACAUUUCCUACAAUAUAAAUAUUUCUGA